AUGGGCGGCGACCGGGAGACGGCCGAUGAAAUCGGAGUGUCAGCCAACCCAUCAGCAAAUCUUGUAGUCGAGGCAGAAGAGCGCCGUCGAAAGGAAGAACGUGACCGUGACAGUGCGAUGAGCAUGGCCUCGUCAGCGAAUUCUAUGGAGCCGUCGCUAUCCCGCGCAAGAGAUGCGAAGGGGAAACGCGCUCGUGUUUGCGUCUGUGUCCGCCGAGUCAUUACAGACGGUAGCUUGGUCACGGUCUUGAGCUUGGACGAUGUUCUGGUCGUACGUGCUGAAAUCUUGGGGAAUUCGAGGCGAGGGCGAGACGCCUGCCGGGACUUGGAGUGA